UGACACCAAGGAAGCCAAUUUUGAUUACAUCUGUUAGUGGAGUCAUUUAUUAAAUGGUACAUGUCCAGCAGUGCGACGAAAGUCAAAAAAAAUUGAGUGUUGCUUCCGCAAUUCUUGCUGCAAAUUUCUUCCCAUUGAAUCUCAUCCAAAAAAUAUAUUUCUUUCUCAACUCACGAUGCUCUCUCGUGCAAAUCAAGUUCCACUUGUUGUUGUUUAUCUCUCUUCCAAAAACACGAAGACUUCUCUUUAAUAAAACUAAUAAAAAAAAAUGUUCUUGACAACAAACAGGUGUCCAGUAUUUAAAUGAGGCUUCUAACUGCGGAUUCACUUUCAGUAUCACGCGCACUCCCGUCGACGUUGAACGCAAAAGAGAAAAAUUUCCGCAUUUAUUUGUACAAAAAAAAAGAUGCCACAGCUUCUCAGUGAAUUACUCAGUGAUCGUGAUAAGGCGGUACUUGAUAGUAUUUUUAAUCCCUUCCAAAUUGGCGGUGGUGCUGAGGAGGGUGUUAAUUGGAAUUUUGACGAGGGAUUACCGGAAGAAAUUCAGGAUCCCUACGAGGAGCCAACGUCUGCAGUUAAGGAGUCCAUUCAGAGGGAAGUUGAUGCCAUAAAGGCAGCAGAAUUGGGGGAUCUCACAAAGGCCGUGGAACUUUUUACUAGUGCCAUCGAGAUGGCGCCAAAACGACCAGCGCCUUGGAAUAAUCGUGCACAAGCUUAUCGACUUCUUGGCAAUGAUGAAGCCGCCCUUUCUGAUCUCGAAGAAGCCCUCAAAUUAUCCGGUGGCACAGGCCGUACAGGGUGCCGUGCCCUAUGUCAGCGUGGUCUACUGAGGCGCAAGAAUGGUGAUGAUGAUGGUGCUCGGAGUGACUUUAAAAGCGCCACAAAUCUCGGUAGCAAAUUUGCUCAUGGUCAAUUAAUCGAGAUGAAUCCAUAUGCAGCACUAUGCAAUCAAAUGCUUCGGGAUGCCUUCCAGAAGCUCUCGUAACAUAGAAGAAGAUGAUGAGAAAAAAAAGAAGAGAAGAAGCACGGAAAAGAAGGGUAUGGAGGAAGGAUAAAAGAAUAAAUCUCACUUAAUCACGUUU